GGAGCAGAUCGGCGUGCGCCCGGCGGUGUGCCUGCUCAGUGGUCUCUGCGGAGGUUUCACGUUUGAACGUUCAGACGAUUUCCACGGAAAAGCGCAAUGUGAAAGCCAAAAAAGACUACAAAUAGCCUGGCGUGACGUCCACCACACAGAGACAGAACAGAAACAGAAACAGAGACAGAGACGACAGACAGCAGAACCAUUAACACCAUAACAUCCUCAGUAGCAGAUGAUAUCGUACCGCGAGUGGAUCUGAUCCGAUCUGAUCUGAUCUGUGAUGUGAUCUGAUCCUAUUAUCGAUCGAAGAGUGUUAUCGAAGAGUGCCAGAAAAGAAAACAAGAGUGUCGCGAAAAUGCCAGCCGAAUAACCGACAACAUUCCAUUGAAGAAACAAAACUGAAACUUUAACUCAAACAGAAACAGAAACUGCAACUAACGAGGAUAAUCGAGAAAAAUCGAGAAUCGAGAAUAAAUAGAACCGAUAACCGAUAACAAUCGAGAAACUGGCAGGUGGUUGAACGUCCUUUUGAACGCGAGUGUUUUGUGUCGUGUGCCGAGGUGCCAAGGUGCCAGGUGCCAGGUGGGAUAUCUAGUGGAUGCCGAGACAUACGAAGAUGCGACACCAUUACCGGGCGUGAGCGACCCAGAUCGAGCAGCGUGUUAAGUCCCGGAUCGAGAGAAGAAACCUACCGCGCAACCUGCCGAUUCGAGGACCAUGCCGGUCAUUGUCGAUGCCGCCAGCGACGAGCCACCAGCAAAAUGUUGCAAACAUUGUGAGGAGUCUACGCACAGCGUGGACGGCGGACCUGCAUCGUGGCGUCUAACGCUCGAUCAGGAUCUUUUUGACACGCUCAAGGGCAACUUCCCCAGCUGGUUCCAGAGCAGCUCCGGCGGCGGAGCCACCAGCAAGCAGACCAAUCCCAACCAGCAGCUGGCCCAGCAGAAGCACCACCAGCAUCAGCAUCAGCAACUGGUCGCCAUACCCAGUGUCAUACCCAUUACGAUCGACACCAAGAUCACCGCCCACACCACCUCACCCCCCACAAGCAACGCAAAUACACUCCAGCAACAGCAGCAGCAGCAGACAGUCAUCUUGGGCGGAGGUCACCACCAGAGCUCCUCGUCGGCCUCGCCAGCCUCCUCCGUCAGUUCCAAUUCCUCGAAGAAGUCCAUCAGCAGCAGCCUGAGCAGCUGCAGCAGCAGCAGCAGCAGUAGUUGCAGCAGCACCAGUUCCAGUUGCAGCGGCAGCUCGAAGGGAGCCAGUGCAGCAGCGACGGCGAGCCGGUUCCUCAACAAGUCCACCUCCACGUCGCCGACUAAGAGCCUGGCCAGGACCCUCAAGGCCCAGACCCAGAAGCCGAGCAACUGCCACAAGGUCGGCCAGCUGGUGAAGUCCGCCUCGCUCCACAGCCUCAGCAGCGGCAGUAGCGGGAGCAGCAGCGGCGGCAGCAGUGGCAACGGCAGCUCCUCGCUGCUGGCCACCAUCUCCGCCUCGCCGCUGACCACCGUCGAGCUCAUUUCGAGCGCCGCCUGCGGGGGCCUCCUCGCCACCCGGCUCAGUGGCAAGACCUUGGAGCACACCUUUCAAGAUAUAAUACUGCUGCACGAGACCUACGACGACAUGUCCGAGGGUGAGCAGCGCCUACAUGCCACUUUUCUGGGCAGCAGCGACGAUGGAAACAACUCGGACUGCUACGACGCCAGGCAGUCGCCGCCAAAGGCCAUCGUGGACUCCAGUCCGCUGCAGCCCGCCAUGGACAAGAACAAAGAAUCGCUCAAAGUGAAGCUCAUGGUGCGGAGGCCACACUCGCAGCUCGUGGAGCAGGGCAUCAUACCAUCUCUGAAAACAUCGCCCGCUAUCCACGAACAAUGUAAGCAACUGGAACGGGCCAAGACCAGCGACCUGCUGAAGGCCAAGAUCCAGCAGCGGCCGAACCGCGAGGACCUGGAGCGCCGCCACAUCCUCGAGGAGGACGAGUGCCACAUCGACCCGAGCCUGGCGGAGAAGCAGCGCAUGCUGAAGAAAGCCCGCCUGGCCGACCAGCUCAACUCCCAGAUCCAGCACCGCCCGGGCCCGCUGGAGCUCAUCAAGAAGAACAUCCUGCACACGGAGAAGCCCAUCGAGAAGAUCGUCAAGGAGGGCCUCGUCUCCUUCAAGGCCACCAGCGAGGGGCUGCUGACGCGGCCGCAGCACCCCCACAGCUAUGUAACCUUCGACGAGGACUCUCUCAGCUCGGAGAGCGACACUCGGCAGACGCCGCCCCGCCUGGACGAGGCCAUGGUGGUCACGGCCACGCCCCCGCCUCCCAGUACCGAUGUGCUGCAGGCGGCGGCCGCCUCCGCUGGCAUCGUGACGAUGGCCCUGACCAUGCCCACGGCCGGGGGCCAGCUGGUGGUUAGCUCGCCGCAGAUCCUGCCACAAGCCCAGCCCCAGCCGCAGGCACCCAAGGCUGUGGUGGUGCCGGUGAUGGCGCCCGUGCCACCCCCACCGCCUCCGCCACCACCACUGCCAGCGAGCGGAAUCAAGGUGAAGCAAGAGACGGCCAAUCUGUUCGAGGAACUGUGCCAGAGCGUCACCGGCUCUGCGGCCAGUCUGGGGCAGCAGUUCCUGCCCAUGCUGGCCUCGCCCUGUUCCCUGGCGUCGAGCACCUCCACUCUGAGUCCGCUGUCUUCCAUCGCCUCGCCGCCACCGCCUCCGAUGACGUCCGCCAGCGCCACUGCCCACAGGCUGCACCUCCAGCCCGUCUCCGUGAAGUCUGAUGCCCCGGGCAAGGACAAGAACCGGAAGAAGUCCAAGUCGAAGCCGGUGUCCAAGGCGCGAACGAUCAAGUUCCACGAGUACAAGGGUCCGCCGAGCGCCGCCGGCCAGAAACAGGACCAGACGCAGCCGGAGGAGACCUCCUACCAGUUGAUGUUGGAGCAGCAGAACUGCCUCUUGAAGUUCCUGGAGAACCUGAACAAGAACCAGUCCAUACUCCCACCGAGCAGCGCGGCUGCGCUUCCGCCCAGCAACAACAGUAUCACCGUCACCACAAAGACGGUGCCCGCCCUGGCUUCUCAAUCCGUUCCAGUUCCGGCGCCCCUCAGCUUGCCCAACACCAUUUCCAUAACGAGCAGCACCGGCGGAGCUCCCCUGAAUUUCGGGGACGCAGCCAUGCUGACUCCCACGCCUGCGGCCACGCCUACGCCCACGCCGCCUACCCUGUCGCUGAUAGCCACGACCCAGCCGCAGCAGCAGCCCAUGCAGCUGCAACAGCAGCCGCAGACGCCGCAACCUGCUGCAGUGCAGCAUCCACCGCCACUGCCCUCGCCGGCGCUGUCCGUGAGCUCCUCCAUACCGCCCAGCCCGGCCACAAGCUACGCCGAGUCGACCACGAGCUCCAUCACGGACCUGACGCGUCUGGAGAAGAUGAAGGUUUCGGACUUAAAGCAGCACCUGAAGCGACGGAAUCUGCCGGUGUCCGGGCCCAAGCCCCACUUGAUAGAGCGCCUGAAGCCGUAUCUGCCACUGGAGGCACUCGAUAGCUCCACAUCAGUGGCCCAGGUGAACGCCACAAGUGCUCCGGCCACCACGGAGGUGAUCACCAUUAGCGAUGCCAUGGACACGAGCAACUGCGGCCUGGUGGAGCAACCCCCACCGGUGACCAUGCUGGUGUCGGACCACGGCAUGGAGCACGAGCAGAUGGACGUGGUGCAGCAGCACCAGAUGGACACCACCCACCCGAUGACGCUGCAGACCAUCUUGCCGCCUCAGCCGCAGACGGCCACGAUAAUCCUCACCAACGAGGAGUUGCUCCGCGAGCAGCAGCGCCGCAUUGACGAACUGCAGCGCCAGUUGCAGCGCUCGCAGCAGGAGCUGCAGCAGAUUCGCCAGCGGCAGCAGCAACAGCAGCAGCAGACCGUUACCGCCCAGGUGGUGAAUGCCUUGCCCUCGCAGCAGAUCACUCUGAUCACCACCACGUCGUCCAACGGUCCGCCGCAGACCUUGACGGUGCUGCCGCAGAAGGUGGAGGCGAAGCACACCAGCAUUCCCGCCAAGGUAACUGCAGUGAAGGCCAGCAAAGUCAACGGAGUGUCGCAGCAGCAGCAGCAACAGGCGGCCAAGAAGGCCAGCAAUGGUGGCACUAAUACUGGCAGCAACAUUUCGGGCAAUCCAGCUCCCAUCAACCAGAAAAUGGUGGUCAAGCAGCAGCUGGAGGCUAAGAUCCAGAAGCAAAAGGCAGCGGCAGCUGCGGCGGCACAGCAACAGCAGCAGCAGGCCCUGCAGCAGCAACAGCAGCAGCAACAACAGCAGCAGCAGCAACAACAGCAGCAACAGGUGCGCUUGCUCACGCAAAAGACACAAACUGUACUCAUUCCAUUCAACAACAAUAACAACAAUCAUAUAAACAAUGCUCCUGCCAAGACAACAACAACGGCAGCCACCAAGAAAUCCGCAACCAUAUUGCAGGCAGCCAAGCCAGCGGCAGCCGUGGCAGCAGCAGCAACACCUGCAACAGCCACGCCGCACCACAACAAUUUGGGGCUGCUGUGGAACGAGAGCAAUCAGACCAUUUUCCUGGUGGGCCUCAACGAUCAGCACAUGACGGCGCACACUCUGGGGAACAUCAGUCUGACAGCCACAACAGCAGCAACAACAACCACCGCACCACCGCCAGCUGCAGCGACUGUGGCAGCGGCAGCACCACCACCUGCCGCAGUGGCUCAGCCCAAAAAGCUGCUGAACGGCCAUCAGCGCACAAGCUCCCUGCCCAGUAUUGUCUUUCCCAUUGAAGCCAAAUCGAUAAUCACGCAUCAGCAGCUGCAGCAGCUCCAGCAGCAGCAACAGCAUCAGCAGCAGCAUCAGCAGUUCCAGCCUGCCCAGCAGCAGCUCAUCCAGCUGGACCUGAAGCCCUCUCCCGCUCCACCGCCGCAGUAUGAGGAGGCCACCAAGCAGCUGGCGGCCAGCAAGGCGGCGGCUCUGAACGGCCUUAUGCCGCUGGUGAAGAUCAAGGAGGAGCCAGUGCAGUCGCCAACUCCAGUCCAGAUGGCGCCAACGGCCAGCAGCCAGGCUGCCAAGCGCAAGGUGGCCGGAAUCAAGUCCGAACAGGUCAGCGAUGUCCUGGACAUACUCAUCAAGCAGGGGGAGCUGCCGGAGAGUGCCCGGGAGCCGAUCACGCCGCUCACCCCCCUGCCCGAGCUGGCCAUGUUCAGUGCCGCCACGACGCCGGGAGGAGCCAGCAUAGUGCCCAAGCUGGAGGCAUCCCACACACCCUCCCAGCAGCAGCAUCAGCAACAGAACAUGGACAUGGCCAUGGACACGAAUGAUUUCCAUCCGGGAAGCGCGGCCAGCGCCGCCAGUUUCAUUGACAACAUCGACAUGGCCUCGCCGCUGCAACCGGAUGCGGGGGCCAUCGAUGCGGAGAGUGUGGCCAAGACCCUGGACAUCUUCCUGGAGCAACACCAUGCCACGCCGCCGCCCAGCACGCCGCCCAAGAGCUGCCACAGCAGCUGCGAGAAGCCGCCGAGUCCGGACGCCAAGCUGAACCACUUCGACGAGUACGAGCUGCUGGAGCUGAUGUCGCAGCAGCUGGAGAUGGACAUGGGCGAGGACGCCACCAGCAACCCGGCCAGCAGUUACUGCCAGGCCUCCAAGAACGGCAACAACAACCUGCGACGCGAUCUCAAUCCCAGCCUGCAGCCGUCCAUCAACGAGCUUCUCGAUGCCAGCAGCCCGGACAGCGUGCUGCUGAACAACAAUCCCGGAGGUCCGGCGGACGUGGACUUCGAUGCCGACAGCUUCGUGGCCCAGUUGAGUCAGCACGUGACGGGAGGUGGCAACGGCAACAUGGCCUCCGUCAACGGUGCUGGCGAGUCCUCCUCCUCGUCCUCCUCCGCCGGGUGUGUGGUGAACGGCCACUUCAACAGCCACAGCACGCCCAUGGACUGCGACGACUUCGAGAGCACCCUGAACUCCUUCAUGCAGGCGGUGACCCAGCCGCAGGCGGGCCCACACGGCGAAUACGUAACGACCACCAGCAUGGCGCACAGCGGUUCCGGGGGCGUGGACAACGGCGGCAGUGGAGGGGGCGGGGCAGUGGACGCCUUCAACACCAGCGGCGACAUAUUCGAUCUGUUCAACAUAGACGACUACAAGAUGAACUGGGCGGCGGGGGACUUUACGGUCUAAUGGAGGAGCGAGUGACAGAGCAGAUAUUUCAUAGAGAUCCCAAAACAAGAAACUUUUCCGUAAAAAACACAAUCCAGCGUGGUGCUCACUUUUCUCGAAAAUAUUCCUGAAGAAUUCACACACACACCAACACACCUACACACACACACCACACCUAUACAUACACAAGAAACAAAUCCUAUUUAUUUUCUAAAUGCAUUUAAAACAUUUGAACGUCAGUUGAAAUUUCGAAACUUUACUAUUUCCAAGAAAACAAGAGCAAAAAACAAAAAAAAAUACCAAAAUUGCCGGGAGCGACACUCCAAAAACUAAAACUAAAAACUAAAAAACAUACUUUUGAAACCCUUUCCUAUAUAAGCAAGAAAAACAAACGAAAAAACAGCCAAAACAUUUAGAAAAGCAUAAAAAGUAAAACUUAUCAUAAACUAUCAUUAAAAAAUAAGCCUAAAAAUGCAAAAAAGCCUACAAAAAAAUGUUGUAAAGAUCGAAAAGAGAGAAAAGUUUAAACAAAAAAAAAAAAAAAACAAAAGUACAUGUUUCUAAUGAAGGUCAUUCCAAUUUGAAAAUAAUGCGAGUGAAAUCUUACUAACUAACAGAAGCGAGAGAAAGUGAGUGAGGAUGAAUGAUAAGAGUCUAGAAGGAAGGUCAGAGGUCAGAAGUCAUGAAAGGAUAGAAGCCAAGAAAGGAUAGAAGGAUGAACAGGAAGAAACUUUAAAAAUAUUUUAAAUUAAAAAAUAUAUUCAUGUCGUAGGAUGAGGCGGCAUCGGUGAAAUCACAUUCAGUAAUUUUGUUUUAAGUUCUAUUUAAAAUGAAAUUAAAUACAUUAUUUAAAGUGAAUGCGGAGCUUAUUCUAAUUUAAAAGCAAAUUAAACUAAAUAUUUAGCAAACACGAAAAACACACAAUUUGAGAAGUAUUUCCUGUAAGGAAAGAAAAAGCCUUUAAAGUAGCAAGUCGGAGCAAAACUCAGAUCAAUUUCAUUUGAAAUGCCUUUUAAGCCAAUUAGCGAAAAUAUAUACACAAAAAUACAUUUCUUUCUUUAGUUGCACUCACUUCUUAGGCACAGCGAUUCCGUUACUUAAAUUAAUUCUAAUCCAAUUCUAUUCUAAAUACAAUUAUUCUUAAAGGUACUACUGUACUACUGUAGAGUAACUAGAUCCUGCGGCGUGUACUUAACGCACUCUUCUAACCGUUUUAAGGCAAUUCGGAAUUGUAAUUUUUUAACCUUCGUAUUCGGUUAAGUGUAGGUAUUUUGUAUAUCGGGCGGGGGAGCAUGCCAAGCAUUCGGACAUAUUUUUGAGUGUAAGGCUCAACUAAAAGAUAACCUAAAGUUGAAAUAAAUAAAUUGUAAGCAAUUGACACAUUUCAACCAGUAGUAAGAGUAAGCAAAAACAAUUCAAAAUUGCAAUUUGUGAGAGUCGAGUCGAGUCGAAAGAGAAACCACAAAACUCAAUACACCAAUAUAUGGAUAUAUUUUUGUAUAAGCGAAUUAUAUAAGUGUACUCGUAACUUAGCUCUAGUCUAAAAAGGCAAACAAUACAUACUACGUAAACAUACAUUUCACAUCUCACCCGCAAAGUUAAUCACUUGACACUCGUUUACAUUUGCAAUAAUCCUCUCGGACACUGAUUUCAACUAUCUGCAUAAAUUUGCAUAAUUGAAUUUUAAGCUUAACGUUUAAUUAUCAUCGACGCGCUUUAAAAAACAUACAGAGUAAAAAUAAAAAAAAAAAAAACUAUAUCGCUUCCAUUAUAACAAUUCAUAAAUUAUUUUAAUGAAUACGUUUAUUGUUAGAAGGAACUUAAUUACCAUAACUAAGCUUAUUGUUUGAUUAAUUCUAAAUUUAAUUGCAUAAAUAUCUAUAAUUUAAUGUUGGCUUGAACAUUUUUGUGCGUUGCGUUUAAAAGAGAACUUCAUUUAAAUACAAACAGCAGAAAUACAGAAUAAACUCCAUCACAUCAUAAAACUAUGUGUAAUUUUUUGCAGCAAGAGCAAACGGAUAAAAGUCUAUAUAUAAUAUAUAACAAGUGAUAUACCGAUAUACUUAUGUAUACAUUAUAUGAAUAUAACUGUGCACAUGUGCAAGAAUUUAAUGCGUAAAUAAAAAUAUUCAUUUUUCCAACAAAAAUGUUAAUUUACUCAUCAGACUGAUUAGCUCGCUGGGGCAUCGCUGGGGCGGUGGCCAAAAAAUAAAGUCAAACAAUUAAUUUUCUUUGUGCCUUAUCGAGUUUCAAACUCUCUGAAGCACAUUAAGUACGCAUUUAAGCGCAUUACGCCCCAACGAAAGAUAAAUUCAACAUUAAAAUUAAAAUCAAUGACGGCAUAAUACGCAAUCAUAAUGUUUUUGUGGCUGCCACAGCCACAGCGGCAACGCCAACAAAACAAGGCUUAUCAUUAGCAAAGCGGCCACUGCUUGCGGCCUGGAGGCCUGGAGGCGAGCGAGUGUCCUGCUGAAUUCGAGACUCGACUCGACUCGACUCGAGUUGAGUUGUUUAUUUUUAGACCCGAAACGAAAUCAGCAAACAAUAUGACGCAAAAUUGCAGCCACAGUAGCCAUGGCAACAAUUGUCGGAUAUUCCAUAGUUGGACGGCUGCCAAGCGUUAAGGCUUACAGCUCGAGGACACGACAGGACCUGCUGCGCUGAGCAAUUCAGAGCCCCACACAAUGGCUUUCUCUCCGCUGGCCUGUGUACAUAUAUCCUUCGAAAAUUGACUUGUCUUCUUCGGGGAGGAGGAGGAUGAGGCUUUAACCCGCUGUGGGUCAUUAUAAUCCUUUGAAAUCUUUGAUCAGAGGAAACUCUGUUGCAUUUGGAAGGACACAGUAAUUUGUUAGAAAUUUGGGAUAUUACUAAUGUACAUUACUAAUACGACCUGUUUACCCAAAAUGUACUCAUGCGCCCUGCUGGUCUUACAACCUGGUUAGUAAUAUUAACUUAGUAUCAGAAAUUCAGGUUGUUAUUUAUUUGUUUUAUUUAUUAAACUCCCUUAUAACCAACGUUGGGUUAACGAUAAAUAUUACAUUCGGAUUUCAUUCAGUUCAGUUAAUCCUUUGUCUGCCAAAUAAAUGUGAGCAUAUUCAUGGCCAAUAAAAUGGUUAAGGCAGCUUUUAAUCAAUGAAAAACUUGUUCGUUUCCCACAAUAAAGCCAUAUGCCAUCGGCUUUAACGACUGGCAUGUAGCCAUGGCAAUUUGUGCAUCCAUCGAGCGAUGUUUUCGACCGCCUUUGUAGCGAAAGAACAGCAACCGCGUCGUGCCACAACAGCUGAAAUAUGUGCCAGCAACAGUUGCCACCAAUCCGCGACCCAUCGGACACUCAACCUACCACACACACACCAACCCACUGCCACCAACUUCGAACUAAAUUUAUACAACGGUGACUGUAAUUUGCGUUAUUAAAAUGGCGUCAGUUGCUUACCAAAGCGAAAAGUUUCGCCACGCCCACCUCGUCCCGCCUCCUAUCCGAAGGGUCCCACGAUUCGGAUAUCCCGCCCCCACUCGUCCUUGUCACUGGAGUCCAGUGCUGUUUGUGCCACGGUCCUCUAAUUGUGUUUUAGCUGCGCUACGAGUAAGGACUCUGAUGGGGAACUGGACUAGCGACGAGAACAUCGAGAUUUAUUUCCGAAACUUUCGUAUUUUGGGGAAACCAUCACAUGAACAGAAGAAUUUUUAUACGCUUGCUGAUAUUAAUAUAGUUCCUUUGAGCUUCAAUUUAUAAAAGGUUCUUUAGUUUCCUAGCUGAUUUGGAAAAACUAAGAUACCAAGAUACCAUUCCAUUUCCUGUCACUUUUGUAUUGAAACAAUUUUUACUGACAAGCUCAGUAGAAGGCUACAUUUCUAUUCUGGAUGAUCAAAUUUUCAAGCGGAAUACAUAGAAACAAAAAGUCUUUCUAGACGAAUUUAGCUUUUAUAUAUUUUCAAUAUACUAUUUUCAGGAUGGACGCAGACGACUUUCGUGGAGGUAUGACUCUCACAAUUGGUCGUGCAUCCAUAUGGGUGUAUUUCGAAGGAAUCGCAGAUCCUUGGGUGGAGUUUCAAAUUUUUAGGGAACUGGCGUUGAUUCUUGUGCGCCUCUUUCAGGAUGAUUCGUCCAGAAUGAUCGCGGAUGGUGGAGCUUCCGGGGAUUCGGUAGACACAACUAGGCAACCCACCUCGUAGCGCAAAUGACAUUGUCCGCAGUUCGUGGAAUAUAACUUGGAGAGUAUUGGAGUUAUUUAUGUCAACAAUAGUUUCAAAAUAAUUUUUAAAAUUCACUGUUUUUUGUAGCCUUUAGAUAAAAAAUAAAUUUUGAUUACCGUAA